GAUGAUGACAUAACCCUGCGCACAAACAAACAUCAACUUAUCUCACAAAAUCUUGAUUAAAGCCGGCUUCUUUUGCUGUACCGUAAAGCAUCAUCAUCGUGCAUGCAACUCUCUCUCUCUCUCUCUCUCUCUCUCUCUCUCUCUCUUUCUCUUUAAGCAUGCACUUUCUCCACCUUGCCUAACGCUUCCAACCGCCGGCAACUAACCACCACCGUCUCCGGCCACCUACAAUCACCCUCCACCACUUCAACCGUUUGUUUUGACUUCACAACACCAACACAGGUUUUGAUGGAGAAUAGAAUAUGCAUGAAUGAGUUGUGCGGAGCUUUGUUAGCAGCGGAUACAGAUGGUUUUAAAAAAGGUUGGCCUUUGCGAUCUGGUGAUUUUGCUAAACUUUGUGUUAAGUGCGGUACUGCUUAUGAACAACUAGCAUUCUGUGAAUUGUUCCACCUAGAAGACACUGGUUGGAGGGAGUGCACUUCUUGUGGGAAGCGACUCCAUUGUGGAUGCAUUGCUUCUAGUGCUUUCAUCGAACUACUUGAAAACGGUGGUGUAAAUUGUGUCAGCUGCUCAAAUAGUUUUAAACAUGACCCUAGUACAAGUGAAGAUAAGCCUGAAGAAUGCGGGAUUUCAGUAGAAAAUAGCGUCGAAGAAAUCCGUUCAUCAAUAAAAAUGUUUAAACAAUCAUGUGAUGCCACUGGUUACGAUGACGAUGCAUCCACAUCUCACAUGAAACACGAAGAAAUUCAAACUACAUCGACGUCAAUAUCAAUUUACGAUACAGGGGUUAAAGAUGUGCAAACAGAAUUAACUAUAGGCUUGGCUUCUUCUUCUUCACAAAAACCGGCUUUUUACCCUGUUGAAGAUAGGGAAUCGAGCAAACCGUAUUCUUCGUUGCAACACGGGCCUUGGGCUCAUCAUAUUUUGCCCAAAGUGCCGAAAUCAGUUUUCCCACAAGGGUUUGAUGCGAAUUCUAGUAUGGGUUCACCGAUACGGGUGGCCCGCCCACCUGUUGAGGGGCGGGUCAAAAAUCAGCUGCUUCCUCGUUAUUGGCCCAGAAUUACCGAACAAGAGUUGCAGCAGAUAUCUGGAGACUCAAAUGCCACCAUUGUUCCACUUUUUGAGAAAGUUCUGAGUGCCAGCGAUGCGGGUCGAAUCGGUCGUUUGGUUCUCCCGAAAGCAUGUGCUGAAGCAUAUUUUCCACCAAUUUCGCAACCUGAAGGACUCCCGUUAAGGAUUCAAGACGUUAAAGGCAAAGAAUGGUUAUUUCAGUUCAGAUUUUGGCCAAAUAAUAACAGCCGAAUGUAUGUUCUAGAAGGUGUCACUCCAUGCAUACAAUCUAUGCAGUUGAAAGCCGGAGAUACUGUGACAUUCAGCCGUAUGGAACCUGAAGGAAAGCUUCUUAUGGGUUCCCGAAAAGCCUCAGUUAGUACUUCUGUUCAGGAUUCUCGUAUAUCUGCAAUGCAUAACGGUGCUAUUGAGAAUCUUUCAAAUAUGAAUGAUUACUCUAAUCUUCUUCAAUCGCUGAAGAGAAACACGGAUUCGCAUCUAAAUAUAUUAUCAAGGAACAUGAACUUGCCUAUCGGUGAUGCCAAGUCAAGGGCAGAUUCGUCAUUCCAACCGGACAAAAAACAAAGUCGAAAUAUCGGGUCAAAAAGUAAAAGAUUACUUAUGGAAAAUCAAGACGCUCUUGAUCUUAAAUAUACAUGGGAAGAGUUACAGGAUAUGCUAAACCCGCCCACUAUGAACCCAAGUACUGUCACCAUUGAAGAUCAUGAGUUUGAAGAAUAUGAAGAACCUCCUGUUUUUGGAAAGGGGAGUAUAUUCACUGUUCGGUUAUCUGGGGAGCAAGAACAGUGGGCCCAAUGUGAUAACUGUUCGAAAUGGCGAAGGUUACCCGUUGAUUUUCUUCUUCCGGCGAAAUGGACAUGCCAAGAAAAUAUAUGGGAUGGAAGCAGGUCUUCUUGUCUUGCACCAGAUGAACUAAACCCUAGAGAACUCGAGCAGCUUCUUGGAAUGAUGAAAGAACAUCACAAGUGGAGGAAUUCAAUGAGCCAUAAACCAGACCAGGGACCAAGUGGGCCCAAUGAAACCGAACCAUCGGUUGCAACCACCACCAAGCACCCAAGGCACCGCCCGGGCUGCUCAUGCAUAGUCUGCAGUCAACCACCAAGUGGCAAAGGCAAGCACAAGCCCAACUGUACAUGCACCGUCUGCAUGACGGUCAAACGCCGAUUCAAAACCCUAAUGCUACGCAAGCAACAACGCCAAUCAGAACGUGAAGCCGAAAUAGCAGAGAAAAGCCAACUCAAACUGGGUCCCAGUCCCACCAACAAGGAGACGGAAGUCAAACAGUCGAUGUCCUCAUCCGGCAAAGCACAACUAGACUUAAACAUAGAUCCUCAUGCAUCAAAUACAACCCAUGUAAGCAUGAUGAGUCUUCUUCAAGCAGCAAAUCAACCACUCGAGACGUAUAUGAAACAACAUGGUCUUACAAGCUUAAUUUCCGAGCCACAAGCAAGCUCCGGUUCACAACCGUUGUUACAAGCUAGUUCUGGCCUUACACCCACGGUUCAAGAGGAUGAGCCUCAAGGACCUAACCAUAACGAUAACAGUUCGUAAAUUAGUUACCACUUGAUGGAAUUUGAAAAGGUUUUCAUAGUUUUGGGUUGAAAAAUGAUAUCUUUUUUCAUACUUAUGUGAAGUUGAUGUGUUUGUUGUUGUGGUACAAUUUGAGUGAGGUGUUAUAUGGUAAUCUUUAGACAGAUUGUGUUUGAAUACGUAACCUUAAUGUUGUAUAACAUAUGAGACUGAUUCUUUAUAUUAUUAAAGCGUGUUUGCAGUUUG